AAUUACAAUUUGAGCAUCAUGAGUCUUCAAUAUGCUAUUCUUCUCUUUAUUGUUUUGUUGGCCUCUACGGCGGUGAGAAACCAAGCUAUUCUAGGUGGUUGGACCCCCAUCAAGAAUAUAGAUGACCCACAUGUGACUGAAAUUGCCAACUACGCUGUUACUGAGCAUGAUAAGCAAACCGGUUUGAACCUUAAGCUGGAAAAAGUCAUCAGUGGUGAGACAAAAAUUGUCAAUGGAAUAAUCUACUGCCUUAAUAUUUCUGCUAGCGACAGUAACAAAUAUAAUAUUGCUGUGUUGGAGAGGCAGCAAUUCAGGAACCUCACUUCCUUUGUACCUCUUAAGGAUUAA